AUGUCUUCUACCGACCCUUCUUCCCGACCAUCAGCUGCGGAAGCUAUUGCCGGACUGGAACGGGAGGAAGGUCCACCUACGAAAGUUCCCAAGCUAGAAGAUACGAUGGCUGAGAUGCGCCUACAGCACAUGAUGAUGAUGAAAAUGUUUCAAGAAUCACAGCAGAGUAUGAUACAGAUGAUGGAGGGGGCAGCUACACAAGCUGCCAGCAAUGCAGUCAGGAUGAUGAGAGCACCGAAUCCAAAACUACCAGAUGCUAUCGUACAGUGUAUUGACAAAACUUCCCUGUUGUUCAUGAAGGAUGUGCGGAAGUAUGCCCGCAGUGCCAAAACCUAUGACGAUGCCCGCGCGAAGUACACCAUCAUGUCCGAGGACACGCAGUCUAAGCGGUACCCACCUGGUAUCCGUCCAUUUGCAUCGUCUACCACAUUUGGGGAGUUGGAUGAAGCCUGGACGGAAACCCGGGGAGGUAACACCGACAUUAAGGUGACUAUUCCAUCAGGUACAUGUCGCCGCGAUGCCAUGCGUAUCAUACACCACAGCAUGACACGCCUCAUCAAAAGCAUCGAGCUGGAAGCACUGCAAGCACACAGAGAUACAAUGGUCACCUUUGCCAACAAGGACACCUUGCGUACAAAGUGCAUUGCAGCCAUUGACGAGGUAGUCGCAAAGGAUGCAGAUGUACGAAACCUCGCCAUCGACUCACCUGAUCGCCUUACUGUGGAUCCUGUUCUGGUUAAUAGUAAGGUUGAUGAUAAAUACAACCAGGUGGUCAAGAAGGUCAUCGAGGAAAUCAGCAAAGCAGAGGAAAAGAAAGACAAGGACAGGCUGAAGGAGGAGAAAGACAAGAAGGAGUUCUCGCAGCAAAGCCCGGAAAACAUCCUCAAGAACCUCGUUAGCCAUUUUGUCUCCGAGGAGGUCUCGAAGCAUCAGGCUCACGACGAUGAGGCUAUGGAAAUCCAGGACGGUGCCGAGGAAGCCAUCACUAAGGAUGAGCAGAAUUUCAAUCAGCACGAUGCCGUCACUCAGCUUGUCGAAGUUUUUCGAGGUAGUGGAAAAGGCAAAGGCCAAGGAGCAAGAACCACCAGCAACGGCCAAAAUACAAAAAACGGCCAAUCCCCGGGGGCGGCCCCGGGGCAGCACGCGCCACAUGCCACCAGCAGCAUCGGCAACGGAAAGGGCUGGUACCACAAAAAGCACAUUUUGUGCACCAAAGUUCUCCCCAGAAUCGACCAUGUGGUCCAGGACCUCAACCAUUGGGGCAAUCGUUUGAAGUGGCAGUGGUAUCACAGGGCAGACAGCGGUUCCCGACCAUCUAUCACGGUUCGCUACAGAAAGUUGCCUACGUGUGAUCAUCUGAUAGCGCCUGAGGUGGAGUGGAUGGUGCGGAACAUGAGGGAGUGUGUCCUAAGUGAAUACCAGAAAGCCAUAUCGAGAGUGCGAUACAAUCGUUCCUAUACCAACGUGUUACCAUUAACUUCAUGGGGACUUCGUUUGCUUCGUCAAUCCGGCCUGAAAGCCAUCCCGAAUGACAAGGACGGUGGAUAUGCUUUGGAAACGGAGGCGGAGCACAAGAUGGUCCACUUGGAGUUGCUCACAAACGGUGUUUAUGAAGAGUUCCCCACGUUCAUGACGAGAACGGAGAUUGACAAUGCCUUCAAUUCAUACAGUCUCAUCUGUUCCAUGAUCGCGAACAGUGUGGUGAACCCCAGCUGGCCAGGGAAUUGCGGAAAUCUUUGCAGCACGGACCUCAACAAGCGCAUGUACCUAGUCAAGGACACCGCGCAGUUCAUCAAAAGCAUUUCCAGUUACACGGCGACCCCCAACCACUUUUUCAUGAAGCUGGACAUCAAGGACUACUACCUUUCGGGCACCAGUGAGGAGUUGUGUGGAGCUUGUUCGAAAGUCAUUCGCAGCGAAAUCCUCCCACUUUUCACUACAACACUCAUGACACUCCUGUACUACCAGUUCGUUGAAUCCCGUGAAUUACCCGAAAGAAUUUGGAGGGUGACUAAAGGCACAGGGAUGGGCCUGCCACAUUCGGGUGAGGUCGCGGACAGUGCUUUCGCAGCACUUGCUGAAGAUCCCUGGGCAGUCAAGCGCACCAUUCAAGCACACCACGGCAUAGACGGAUACUGGAGAUUUAGGGAUGACAUCCUCAUCCUGGGUUCCAACAGGCAACGUGCCAAAGAGUUUUUCUGGGAAUUGCGAAAAUUGGCUGCAUUCUUCAAGGUGCAAUGCGAAGCAUGGAAUGCCGAGGAAAUCCAGUUCCUGGAGGUCACAGUGAAAAAGAAUGUGAACACUGGUCGCUUUGAAACUAUGCCCAAAUACCGACACAAGGAAGGGAAGAACAUCAAGACAACAGGGGCGAACGAAAGAAACAAGGAGGAGGAAUACAUCAAGAUGGAAGACAGGCCUGUCACCGCUGUGCAGAGCUUCAUGCAGGCAAAGCGGCAAAAUGAGCAGUGCGACGGUUUCGGCGCCUCCGUCUUCUCAAGUGGUCUCGAUGGGCUGGUGCGAGCGGCUUGGGCCGAAGUUGAAGCUGUUGCUUUGGGUUGGCGGCCUAGGCUGAACUUCGAUGGAUGCGCAGGUGACCCGUUUUCGCUCGCCCACAGCUGCCACCUCCACCUGGCCUGGGCAGCAGAGAUUCCGGCCUCGACGCGGUUGAUGCAGCGAGCGGCUCCCCCCAUGUCGGGCAGUGCCGUGUAUCAUCUGGCCCAGAUUGCAGACUUGACUGAGCGAACUUCCUCGGCUGCGGCAGUGCAGGCGAUGGACGAGGUCCGCAAGCCGCACCUGGUGAGCUGCCACUUGCAACCUUACGCGGCCACAGUGCCGCCGCGUACACCACCACCUGGGUCUCUGCAGCUACGUGUGCAACGGGCGGCUUCGACCGUCGGGCACUGUACUGGGACAUUCGAAGUCCGCAUCGUCCUUCCAUCAGCCUCGGCGUUCGUGCCCAUGUCUACGCUCUGGCUGCGCAGGGCUCAGAGCUCCUGGUGGGCCAGGGAGACGGCGCCAUCGCGCGCUGGGACCUACGUGCUGCUCGGGAGCCUGCAGCAGAACUUCGAGGGCACCGCGGAUACGACACGGGAACGGUUGAACAUGACAGCUCACCAGACCAGCAAGCUACAGUCCAGCGAGCCAUCACUCAAACUUGCCGGUAGUGGCACUACGUCAAGGACUAACUUCGGUUCGGCGGCUCAUUUGCCCCCCAAGAUCUCGGUGAAGUGA